AAGAUAAUGAUAUUUCACAUGAAUUACAUGCGCCUAUUAUACGAUCUAAAGAAAAGUUGUCAGACAUUAGUAAUCAACAAGUGAAACAGAUUGAGAAUAAUUCUGCAACGACAAAUUUGAAAUAUGCAGCUAAAAAGCAAGCCAAGAAGAAAGUCGAAUCUAACAAUGAUGAAGCUGAAGAUAAUAUUGAUGUCGAAUCUGAACAACUAGAAGCCGAUGUUAGCACUUCAUUUGAAUUAUCUGCGCCUAUUACACAAUCUAAAAAAGCAUUUGAAAAGUUAUUAGACAUUAGUAAUCAACUAUUAAUGCAAGUGCAACAGAGUGGAAAUAAUUCUGACAUCAAAGUAACGAAAGGAACCAAAGCUGAUUUAGCACAAAGAAUAAGAGACCAUUCAAGUGUUAAAAAUCAUACGAGAUCUGAACAAACUGAAAAACCAAAAAGGGAUAUAUAUAUUGAUGAUGAAGAGGACAGUUUAGCGAGUUUAGAAUAUCCAAAUAAAGUAAAUGAUGUGAAUGAAGUACAUGGAGAUGACUUCCAAAUACAAACAUUAAGGGAACUUGUACAAAAAUGA